CUCUGCAAUGAAGCUUGCUUCUCCAGAGAAAGACAUCCCACCACAGCAAUCUAAUACUUAUUCGUAUUAAUUCAUCCAAGAAAAGAAGGAAGAAAAAUGAAAGCCAUUGUAAUUGUACUGAUUUUUCUUUUCUGUUCUACAACACCAGCUAAAAUUGAAAAAGAGAGUUCACCAACGCACAAGGUUCCAGAGGAGCCUCGCUCAAGAUUUGCUAUGCUUGAUGAUGUGAGAAUCUUGGCAAAUGGGCUUCUUCAGCUAGGACAUGGCCUUAAGGACUUUGUUCAUAAGACAAAAACCCAAAUUAAUGACAUUUUUAGCAAAUUAUCAAUUUUUGACAAAUCCUACUAUGAGCUCUCCGCACAAACUAAUGAAAUUAAAGCAGAGGAAGAGCAAUUAAAAAUGACCACCACCAAACUGCAAGCCACAAAUGAACAAUUAAAGAACAUGUCCUUGGACAUGAAUGCAAAGAUUAAUUAUGUGCUACAUGAUAAAAGUCGACUACAGAUCAAAAUUGACGGUUUGGAGGAACAAUUAACUCAAAUAACCCAAAGUCAGGCAAAAGAAACAGAGAAGACUGAAGUUUCAGCCCUUAAAGAAUUAAUUGGAAAUCAGGAUAAAAACAUUAAAGAGCUCAUAAAAACUGUUGCUGAACAACAUGAACAGCUUGAUCAGCAAAAGAACCAAAUAAAGGAUCUUGAGGAAAAGAUGAACCAUGGUGGUUUCCAGGACAACAAUGAAAAUAUGUAUGUACCAAAACAAAUGGAAGCAAAGGUCAUUCGAUACCUCUCUAGAAAUGCAACAGGCGUCCACUUGGACUGCAGUGACAUUUACGAUGAAGGAGAAAGAGUCAGCGGAAUAUACACCAUUAAUCCAAAUGGCUCAAAAUCGUUUAAUGUUUUCUGUGACAUGAAAACAGAUGGAGGAUGGACUGUAAUACAGCAGCGAAUUAAUGGAACGCUGGAUUUUGACCAAUCCUGGGGAAGUUAUGAAAAGGGUUUUGGAGACUUAGAAGCGGAAUUUUGGCUAGGACUGGAAAAUAUAUAUGCCAUUAUCCAGCACGGAGACUACAUUUUACAUACAGAAGUGGAGGACUGGAAGGGUAUGAAGCGUUUCAUCGAAUAUGCAUUUAGCAUGGGAAACCAGGAGAGUGGUUAUAAUGUCAGCCUCACACCUGUAUUACUAGAAGGUGUACCCAACAUAAUUACUCAGCAAUCAGGCAUACCAUUCAACACCAAAGAUCACAGCACUGACAGGAAGAGAAAUGCAUCCUGUACAGAAAAUUAUUCAGGUGGAUGGUGGUAUUAUGAAUGUGGAGAAGCAAGCCUGAAUGGAAAAUAUGUGAAACCAAAAGCUGAAGGAAAAGCAGAACGAAGAAAAGGAAUACACUGGAAGCCUGGAAAGGGCAGAUAUUACACCCUCAAAGCAACAAAAAUGAUGAUUCGUCCUGCAGAAUUUGAACACCUUUCUUAAUCUUUUCAAACCUGAGUUUUAAAACUACUAAUGCAACCCACAUCACUUGCCAUUUAAAUGUUGCAUAACACAGCCAUCCAUAACUGUGCAACCAGUCAGAUGCUCUACUUUAUAAACCAUUAUGCAUAGUCACAGCAUAAACGUCUUCAGUAAAAAGAGGCAAGAUCAAAAUGAAAGAUUUUAUAAUUAUGACUGUGUUUCAAAAACCUUUCCUCCUUUCUAAUCCAAUAAACAUCUUUUCAGUUUAUAAGUCAAAUAAAAUAAUGGAUCAGUUUUACUUCUAAGCAUCAUUAACUUAACAGAUAUUGCCAAUCCAGUUUAUGUAAGAAAAAAAAUGCAUGCUCAUAAACAUCUUCAGCUUUUAAAAGACUACACAGACAUCUGCUCGUCUACAGACAGUCCUUAAAGUCAGAAAUACUGUAACCUGCUACCUGAGGACGGUAUCCAUACAUUUCUGGUAUGAAUGCAUAACUACCAGCUAUGGACAUAUCCUAAGCAAUUUUUGACAUUUCAAAAAUGACAUUAAUAAAUGUUCUGCAGUAUCA